AUGGAACAUUCACAAAAUCAAACUGAAUCUCAUAUUUUGACAGAGAACGCUGACAAUCAUACGUAAUCUAGCAACCUCAAGAAUAACAAUCAAACAGAAUCGCCUCUUUAAGGAAGUACUGAGGAAGGAGGAAAUUCUUAAAUAUAAGAAAAUAGGAAUUCAAAUCCAGAAGAUGCUACUGCAUCUAAUCUUAUGUAGCAUUCAUAACCCAAAAAGUAAGAGCUGGAAUCAGCUUCUAAGGAUGAAGCUUUGGUGGAAGAGGAAGAAGAAGAAGAUGAGGAUGAUGUUAAAACUUUAUCUUAAUUAUAUGUUGAAUGCCAAAAUUAAGAGAAACUGCAAAUUUAGCUCAGUAAAAAUGAACUAACUAAGAAAUGCAGAUACUAAGAUGGAUAUAUCUAUCAGCAAGUGUAUUCUUGUCUUACAUGCUACAUUGAACUUAUUAAGCAACAGAAAGGAGAAUUCAAUCAUGAUAAGAUAUUCGAGGAGGGUCUUGGAAAUUAGAAAGAUCUAAUAGAAAAUCUUAAACCUCAUGGAUUUUGUUUAGGAUGCAUGUUACAUUGUCAUGAGAAUCAUGAAGUCAUUGAGUUAUACUCAAAGUUAGAUUUCAGAUGUGACUGCGGAAAUGGACGCAUGCCAUUUUCCUGCCAACUUAAUGAUAAUAAAGAAGAUUAUGAAAAUGAGAAAAAUUACUAUAAUCAUAAUUUCCUCGACAGUUAUUGCUACUGUAAAAAACCACAUACUUUUGAAAUAAUGGAUUAAUUCAUGAUUCAGUGCUAUGAUUGUGAGGACUGGUUCCACAAUCAACAUCUGACUCCAGCUCUCUAGGAUUAGCUCGAUGAUCAGUAUUUCCUUCUUUGCAAGGAUUGUGUUGCUAGAAAUUAUCUUAACGUCAUUGCCUAAUACCAAUAAUUUUGGCACGAGACCUCUCUUAAUUAUUUUGGAUCAUCAGCUUAACUUGAGCCACCUUCAAAAAGAACAAAAUUAACAGAUAGAAUUGACUCAAAAUAAGUUUCUCAUUAAAAAGUCAAUUGCUAAGAAUAAGAUGUAAAUGGAUCCUUGGUCUAAUAAGGGUUUGAUCUUAUUAUAGAUGAAAAAAUGAUAAAGUAUAUUUGUGAUUGCUAAAACUGCUCAAAGAUAUUUUCAAAAUUGAAACGUCACAUUUAAGUUAUAGAAAAUAUGAAUGAAUAAGACAGAAAAUUGCUUAAUAACCUUGAUGGAAAUAUCAAUGAAGAUGGUUUAGAAGAAGAGAAAUAGCAGCCAGUCAAUGAAUCAACUAAGAAAGCAGAGGAAAUUUCAAAUUUAAUGACUUCAGAUGACUACAUUAACCAGAUGAUGAAAAAAGCAUUUUCUCAGUAAAGCAAGCCAUUAUCACAUGAGGGGUAAAUUCAUUUCGCGGAAAAUUAUGCUAAAUUCAAGGACUACUUCGUAGCAUUUUUAAAGCAAUUUGAGGAAAAUCAAAGAAAAAUUACCCUAGCUGAUGUCAAUUAGUUCAAAGAAGGGCUUAAUAUGUUGCAAAUGCAGAGGGAAAAGCCACAGAAAUACGAGUGA